AUGAGGAAGUUCAGACCGUGGAAGCUCCGCUGUCCUGCCAUCAGCCUGCCCUCGCUGACCGUUCUCUCUCUGUGGAGGAGGCCCGAGCCCGCCACCUCACCCCAAGGGGACAUGUGCAAGAGCCUGACCACCGCCGAAUGGAAGAAGAUCUUCUACGAGAAGAUGGAAGAGGCGAAGCCCGCUGACAGCUGGGACCUCAUCAUGGACCCUAACCUGCAGCACAACGUCCUGGCCCCGGGCUGGAAGCAGUACCUGGAGCAGCAUGCCUCAGGCAGGUUCCACUGCUCUUGGUGCUGGCACUCGUGGCAGUCCUCGCACGUGGUCAUCCUCUUCCACAUGUUCCUGGACCCGACGCAGAGGAUGGGCUGCGUGCGGAUGCGCGUGUUCAGGCAGCUGUGCUACGAGUGCGGCUCGGCGCGCCAGGACGAGUCCAGCAUGCUGGAGGAGAACAUCGAGGGGCUGGUGGACAACCUCAUCACCAGCCUGCGCGAGCAGUGCUACGGCGAGCGCGGCGGCCAGUACCGCAUCCACGUGGCCGGCCGCCAGGACAGCCGGCGCCACCGCGGGGAGUCGUGCGAGGCCUGCCUGGCCGGCAUCAACCACUGGAAGCCCAGCGAGAAGAUGCUGGACGAGGAGGCGACCACGUACACCUUCUCCCGGCCGGCCAGCCCCGCCAAGGCGGCCGAGGGCGGCGGCCAGGGCUGCAACUUCUGCUCCGUCCCCUGGUGCCUCUUCUGGGCCACCGUGCUCCUGCUCAUCAUCUACCUGCAGUUCUCCUUCCGCAGCUCGGCCUAG